AGCACAGAAUCCGGCAUGCAGCCGGAUUCUGAAAAUCGUAUUUUACAAAAUUCUAAUAUUUUAAUUCCUUCAAAGUUUUCAAAAGGACAUGUUGACACUACUGAAGAGGACGAGAAAGUGCAAUUUCUGAUGCAAAAUCAUCAUGAGCUCUGUGACCUUAGUAAAUGUAUGGGGAAACGUAUUAAUGGGCUUUUCAUCUGUCAGGUACUUCGGAUUCGUAAAUUUAUUAAUUUAAUUUUUAUGUUUUUUUCAGUUCUCAAACAUUCCUGGCUCCCAAUAUAG